UAGCGUCAGGUGAAAGCGUCCGCCUAGCACCCUCACUACGCAGUCAGAAAGGUGCUAUCUGGACGAAGACUCCGACCACCUUCGACUGGUGGGAGGUAGACAUUAUGUUCAAGGUCACAGGGAGAGGCAGAAUUGGCGCUGAUGGAUUGGCGUUCUGGUACACGACGUCGAAAGGCGAUUACACGGGCGAAGUGUUCGGCUCAUCAGACCGAUGGAACGGCCUGGCGGUGAUCUUCGACUCCUUCGACAACGAUAAUAAGCACAACAAUCCUUACAUAAUGGCGGUACUCAACGACGGGACCAAGGUCUUCGACCACAAGAGUGACGGCGCAACCCAGCUGCUGACCGGGUGCCUGCGCGACUUCCGGAACAAGCCGUUCCCCACACGUGCACGUAUCGAGUACUACAUGAAUACGCUCACCGUUUACUUCCAUAAUGGCAUGACAAACAGCGAAGCGAACUACGAGCUCUGUUUCCGCGCGGAGAACGUCGCCCUUCCACGCUACGGGCACUUCGGAGUGUCGGCGGCCACCGGCGGCCUCGCCGAUGACCACGACGUCAUACACUUCUUGACCACUAGCAUUCAUAGCACCGCACAACAAGCUACAGGCGGUCAGCAAAUCAGCAGUGACGAGCAGCAGAAGCUUUCGGCUGAGUACCAGGAAUACCAGAGGAAGCUGGACCAGCAAAAGGAAGAGUACAGGAAGGAGCAUCCUGAUGAGGUUCGCGACAAAGAAAACGAGUUUGAGGACUGGUUCGAGUCUGACGGGCAACGCGAGCUGAGGCAGAUAUUCCAAGGACAGGGCCAGAUACAUGACACCCUUAGGGAACUUAACAAAAAAGUUGAUGAGGUGAUCGGCAAGCAGAUGAACUCCCUGUCGAUGCUGACGGCCGUGUACAGCUCAGCGCAGGGGCAGCCGCUGCAGCCCGGACAGGCGCCUGCGCAGAUACCCGCUCUGCCCAUCGGUCGCCACGAUUGGGACGCGCUGAUAUCCAACAACCAGAUCAUGCUUAACACUAUCGCCGAGCUCAAAGGCUUCAUUAUCGAAGUAUCGCGGAAGUCCGACUCUAUAAUAGCGGGAGCCGGAGGCGCGGCGGCGCCGGGGGGAGGGGUGAACCCGCAGUUCCUUCAGGAGGUCAGGGAGGGCCUGCACCAGAUUAAGCAGACCGUGGUUGGCGUUGCGCAGAGGAUAUCGUCGGGGCCGCAGCCCGCGGGCGAGCUGUCGUGUCCCGUGGUCUCCUGCGUGGGGCUCACCGGCCUGCUGCUGGCGCUGGCGACGCAGCUGGGGAUCUUCUUGCUCUUCGCGCUUUACAGGGAAAGAAAAGAAGCUCAAGCCAAGAAGUUCUUCUGAGCGGGUGAUGUGUUAAAAGUGGUAAAAUGUGUUUUCGCCACCUCCUCCAACGCAAAUGACUCUAUAAAGGUUGUCACAAAUGACUGGUUCUAGUUAUUCAACAAAGUGUACAACAAAGUCGACAAGUUCAAUUCAAAAAACAGCACUUAUUUUCAACUUUUAUUGGUUUUAUUACACUUUCAUGGCUUUCUUGAAUAGCGGUCUAUCUCAAUGACACCAAAUUCGAUUUAAAAAUGGUUUAAUGCUUAUCUCUGUCUUUCCAGAAUGCAGUUGUGUAAUAAUUAAAACAUAAUAAACAUAAAUAAAAUACAUACAGAGUAUAAAUACCUCUCUCUUAAAUGAUUGAAAAUCUUUAAAUAUACAAUAUAAAACAGUAACAAAAAAAUACUUUGGUAGCGCAAUGACCCAAAGCCAAUCAUGCGACACAGAUACCACUGCCUAAAACAGCAGGUCUUUCUGGACCUAGGACGUUCGACCUGCUCGAAAAUGCUCUCUUCGCCGCUUGAUCUUCCAUCGUUUCCACGUGUCCGAGCCUCUUUGCUUUAAUUUCUCCCACAAUAUUAGGUGGUGGAGAUCAGACCUUUAAUUCUUUAAUCUCCUUUAAAAAACAACACAACAAUCUCAAAAUUUCAGACGCAGGUAUCCUUCACUUGCAUUACUCAGAGUUAAGGUAAAUAUACUGUCUCCGAUCUUUGUCCAGGGAAGUACUGCCACCUAACCUAUUUCUGCCGCCAAGCAAUAAUGUGUACAUUACAGAAGGGUGCUGGUGAUAUUACAGGCAGAUGAGACUUGUCAACUUAGUCU